AUGAGGACGACCGUCGAGUUCGGCCUUCUAUUCUGUCUUACGGCCGUUGGACUGUCCAAUGCGAUUAGUACAUCUGAACGAGCAGUGUGUGUAGUUGCCUCCAAGGCGAGCGAUGGCACUUACGAUUUCUCUUUGGAAUCUGAAACUUCUCGCCUAGAGAAGCAAGGUUACGAUUUCCUAAUUCCUGCAGCUUCUUGGUUCAAUCAGUCCCUGGAUGAUGUUGGGAUGGCCUUCCAGACUGUCAAAACUUCUGGAGACUUCGAGGACAAGAUACAAGCCUAUUGGGCGGGCUUCCUCGAACUCUAUAUCUCGAGGGAUAUGACCUAUGCUCAACUUGAAAACACUUUUGGUGGCUUCUGCAAAGAAACUUCAUCUGCCUGUCAAGAGCUUGAGGGUCACUUAAGGUUCAACUUGGAGAUGACUAUCCAAAGGAGCCUUCAGUCUGGCGAUAUCGACCCUUAUUGGCAUCAGGCAGAUAAUGAGAUUCGACUGAAGAUUUCAAAUUAUAUGGAGCUUAUCCUGUGGCAAAUGCGUGGAAUUCAAGAUGCUUGGAACAACAUCACGGUGAACAACUCGAAAUUUUUCACAAGUGACUAUUUGAUGGAUCUCGUAGAUAACGUCUUUGACAUCUAUCUUCUACAACUUGCAGUCGACAUAGGUGACGUUAGCUCAGCAUUAGGGGUGUAUGGGGCCCUUGAGAAAGGGUCAAACGGCAAGAGCUAUUUCACAAAUCGGCCAAGCUGCUCUGCCCUUGUGAAGCUCUCGCCUGAUCACAAGGACAUUUUCAUCUCUCAUGUCACCUGGCAGAACUAUGAGGCCAUGUUGAAGGUCGUGAAAUAUUACGAAUUCGCCUGGAGGCUCACUCGUGAUCCCAACUCAGCAGUAAUUCCAGCAAGCAAAAUUCUUUUUUCCUCAUAUCCAUCAACAAUCAAUUCGAUUGACGAUUUCUAUGUGGCAAGCACUGGGCUGGUCAUUCAGGAGACAACAAACGGUAACGAAAAUCCCAGUUUAUGGCCCUUUGUUCUCCAUGGACUCAACAGUACCGUGUUAGGAGCCUUUCGUGUCAUGAUCGCUACCCGUCUUGCGCGUACUCCAAGCGAGUGGAUCACCUUCUUUUCGCGGGAGAAUAGCGGAACAUACAACAACCAGUGGAUGGUGGUAGAUACGAAGCAAUUCGAACCAUCGAAGCCUCUUCCGAAGAAAGAUCUCUUUUGGGUGGCGGAACAAAUACCACAUUCAUUAGACUUAUUAGCUUUCGUUUCGACUGGGUGGAAAUCACGGAUUGACUCGCAUUCACAUUUUAGAGGCUUGGUUCAAUCUGCAGACGUUACAGAACAUCUUCUAAAUAAGUCCUAUUGGGGAAGUUACAACAAUCCGUACUUCAAGUUCAUUCAUGAGAUCUCUGGUUUUGAUGAUUUGGAAGAGAAAUUUGGAGAAUAUUUCUCUUAUGAAAUGACGCCUCGGGCUCAAAUUUUCAGACGAGAAUACUCCAAGGCAGUAUCUCUGCCAGAGGUCUUCCGGCUAAUGAGGUUCAAUGACUUCACACACGACCCAUUGUCACAUUGCAACUGUACGCCGCCUUACACCGCACAGUAUGCUAUCUCAUCCCGAAGCGACCUCAAUGACCCCAAUGGUGUUUAUCCCUUCCCCCUCCUCGGCUACCGACUUCACGGUGCUACUGAUGUCAAGCUCAUCAACUUAGAAUUGGCCAGAUCGUUGAGCAUGGUGGCAAUAGCUGGCCCAACCUAUGACCAAGUGCCGGUGUUUGUGUGGUCAGGGGUGUGGCCGGACAAGGCGCGACCCAUGAUGCACCCUGAGCGUUGGGCUUUCCCCCCGGUGAUCAUCCAGGUGGAGAACAACCAUAACUGGUGGACUCAGCCCCACCUACGAACUCGGGCUGUGGCAACAUAG